AUGGUGAUAUCAAUGGGCUUGGGCCUCUUGCCCAUGAUCAAAUGCUCGAACUGUGGUAUGGAUGUCGAGAUCUCUGCAAUGGGAGACCAUAUCUGUGCAAAGACUGAUCCAGCUGCAUCGCCUUUGCCUUCAGCGCCUACAGAAGCCGAUGAUAGCAUCAAUAUCAAAAGCUCUGGACGACCAGGUCCUCCUGCACCCAUCAAUCCUUCAAUUGCUAAUCGUCCUUUCUUACGCCCCGACGCCACUAUUGAUCAUGAAUCGACCGCUCUCUCGCCGCUACCAUCCCCGCUUCGCCAGGUACAGCGAAGCCAGACAUCCCCUCUUCCAAUCGAACCGCAGUCCUCGGAAAUUGUCAGCGUAAACUCUGAUAUCCCACCUUUUCCCCUCCCCCGCUCCAUGUCAGCCAAAGAGUCCCACUUCAUGACCAGUCUGAAGGAUGCAAAAUCAGCACCACCAGUUCCUUUGCCACCAUAUGCAAGCUCCAUAGAGCGACAGGAUGUCGACCGGCUUCCCAGCAGUGCACAUCGUCCAUUUGAACUGGACGAUGAAGCCGCCCCACCGCCACAACCAUCGGUGCCGAAAGACGAGCUGUCAUUCUUACCACGGAUCGCACACAAGUAUGUUAAUUCCAUUGACAGCAAAAGCAGCUACAGGUCCUCCUUUGCGAGCUCGCGAUAUGGUGACAAUAAUUCCAAACGCUCGACAGCAAUGUCAGACCAGCGACCUUCGUUCAGUAGUGUGGACCAGCCGUACAAGUACCUUGAGGAGGAUGCACCGCCUGUACCUUCCAUCCAUCAUGGAUCAUUCACUGGCCCGGAAUCCAACAUGCUGCCAUACUCGAAGAAUGGGAACAGGGCAGAGGAUAAAAGCACGUUUUAUUUGGGAUCUUCAGAAGGAACAAACUAUAACGCACACCGCGAGGAGGCACCUUCUGGUUCGCUUCGUGUAUCGUUCCACACCAACUCUGACCGCCUAAGUAGUGUUCGUGGAUCUGCAGAGUUAUUUUUUCGAAGCCCAUCUCAAACCUCCUUUGAAAAGUUCCCUGAUCCUCCUGACCAUUCCGAAGAGCGAGCGGCGUCUACAGCACCCGUGGCUUAUAAACCUUUCAGAUCCCCUACCAACCACGCGCACCCUUCGACCCCAGAGAUAGACCAUGAGGAACAUGAUGACAUCUACAGGAGGGGAUCAGACGCUUCCAUUGAGAGUACCCUGUCUGUAUCCAACUUUGCUCGCGCCUUGGGAUUAGAUAUUUCCGAUCAUACCGUGGAGAAUUCGACAGUAUCUUCCGAUUCGUCACAUUCUGACAUGCGGAGUGGAACCUCGUUUUCCAGCCUCGCAUCGGAGACGAGUAUGUCAAGACGAAAGCCCUCCGACCAAGGACGUCUUGGGCCUGUAAUCGAGGAGCAGCGGAUUGAUACGCGAACGCAACACGCUCUCCAUGCUGGUGACCGCACGGAGAGCCCGGAUGACCUUGUACCCCCUCACAUCCACGACCCGCUUUUCAGUCCUGAUUCUCCCACGGAUCCUGCGAUUCUUCAGGGUAGUGUGUCUCUUGUCCCAGACAAAACCAACAAGGCCCUUCCGGAAAUCCCUCUAAAGGUGCGUUCCGCAACGGGACCAGUGUCUCACACCGCAAAUAAGUCAUCACAGAGCGACAAGACUCUUCCAGAGUUGCCAAGGUCUGCAACUGCACCAACCUUCCAUAUUCCGAAUAAACCGUCACAGAGCGACAAGACUCUUCCUCUAUUACCAAAAUCCCCUGCGGUACCGGUGUCUCAUAUUCAAAACAAAUCAUCAUGGAAUGACGGGGCUUUUGUAGGGUCGUCGAAUUCUGCAAGAGAGCCCUUUUCUCACACUCCUAAGAAACCGUCCUGGGAUGAUCGGAAUGUUCUAGGAUUGCCGAGCUCUAGAAUGGAGCCAACUUCUCACACCCCGAAGAAGCCUUCGCGCGACGGAAGGAUUACCCCGGAGCAGCCAAGAUACGCAACGCAGACAGAGAGUCAUACCUCUAAGACCCCUUCACAAAAUGACAGGACUUUUACAAGUCCCCAGCGAUCUUUAGAACCGGCGUCACAUAUCUCUAGACCGUCCUGGGACGAAAGGGCUUCUCCGGAACUACCUAGAUCCAGAGGGGAACCAGAAUCGCACAUCCCAGUCAAGCCGUCAGGGGGCGACAGAGCUUUGCCAGGCUUACAGGUCUCUCAUAUCCCUAAUAGUCUAUCACAGGACGAGGGGACUUCUCCUAAUUCUGCAACGGAUCCAGCGGCUCGGACAGCGCCGCGCCCGAAAGGGCCUUGCCGGGGCUGUGGUGAGAGGAUCCUUGGAAAGUCUGUGUCUUCUGCAGACGGGCGUCUUACGGGCCGGUACCAUCGGGAGUGCUUUGUUUGCUACCAAUGCAAAGUUCCUUUUCAAACUGCAGAUUUUUACGUUCUGCGCGACCUUCCGUUCUGCGCUCUGCAUUACCACCAGCGUAACGGGUCUCUCUGUCAUACCUGUCUCACUGGUAUUGAGGGACAAUAUGUCGAGACAAACGAACGGCAGGGCCGUGGCCCCGGCGACCUUCGGAAAUUCCACCCCGAGUGUCUUACGUGCCGUACAUGCAAUGUGUUGUUGAACGGGGAGUAUUUUGAGUGGAACGGACAGGUAUAUUGCGAACGAGAUGCUCGCCGAGCUGCGGCAUCUACACCUCCUCCUCGAAUGCGUCGUCCAACAAUGGCAUCACCUCCAAUGGCACAUUCUCGCGGGCCUUCACGAGGACAUCUUCCGCCUCCGGGCUAUCCAGGUCGUGGUCGUGGGGGGCCACGUCUACCACCUCCAGGGGCGUUCAAUGGGCCAUAUGGACCACCACCUGCCGCUCGUCGAUUCCCCGAACGGAGAACCACAAGAUUAAUGAUGAUAUGA